ACUCAUUUCCCACUUCAUUCCUCUCAUGGUCAGAGUGUGCACGGCUGUUUGGGUAAUGGGUUAAGUCUGAUAGUCCCGAUAUUCGUUCUUACGGCCAACACCUGAGGAAGGAGCAGCUGCAAUGAAACUGCCGGAGCUCGCCGUCUGACGUACAUGCCAGUGCUGUAGGCUAGUGGGCAGGGAGAACAAGACGACUGCGUUUAGGCCUUCAGCAACCGUGUCUUUUGUAGCCUCUCAAAAAUAACCAGCGCCAUCGUGGUUGCUCGUUGGAGCACCCAAAGUUUCCAAAGCCAUAGCUGGCUCCUUCUCUCUCACUCACUUACUGGUUAUUUGAGGUGCGCUGCAGACUUUGGAGUUCAUUUUUCGGUGAAUUAUGGUACUGUGAGGCCUAGUCCGACGCACCGAGGAGGACAAGGAGGAAGAUGCUUAAUAGGUUGGGUAGGCGUUACUUUUGCACUGCUGCUCCACAGCCGUGGCUAUUUGUGGGUUUGGGCAAUCCCGGCAAUAAGUACAAAGGAACUAGGCACAAUGUGGGGUUUGAGAUGAUUGAUGUUUUUGCUAAUUCUCAAGGAAUUGAAAUGAGCACGGUGCAUUGCAAAGCUAUCUUCGGGCAAGGUUUCGUUGGUGAAGUUCCUGUUUUUCUUGCAAAGCCUCAAACUUACAUGAAUUUGAGUGGUGAAUCUACAGGACCACUUGCUGCUUAUUAUAAGCUACCUCUCAAUCGUGUGCUAGUGUUCCACGAUGACAUGAACUUACCAUGUGGGGUACUUCGUCUUCACCCAAAUGGAGGUCAUGGAUGCCACAAUGGGGUGAAGAGUGUAAUGUAUCACUUUCGUGGGAACAGAGAAUUUCCUCGGCUAAGAAUCGGUAUCGGGAGGCCUCCUGGUCAAAUGGAUCCCAAGGCAUUCUUGCUCCAGAAAUUUAAUGCAACGGCUCAAGGACGAAUUGAUGCUGCUUUACAAGAGGGAGUUGAUAUAUUGAAGGUGCUGUUAUCUGAAGGUUUGGCAGAGAGUGCGAGACGCUUCAACUCAGAGCAAAAAUACAAGCAUAUGAGAUUAGAGACUACAAUGGCAACAUGAAUUUGUAAAUGAGUAUAUAUAUAUAUAUAUAUAUAUAUAUAUAUAUAUAUAUAUAUAUAUGAUUGAUUUGAUUUUUUAGGACCAGUCUAUCUUUCUGCUUCAAGUUUCAUUUCGUGAAUGAAGAAGGUAGAGAGAGAGAGAGAGAGAGAGAGAGAGUGUGUGUGUGUGUGUGUGUGUGUGAGACUCAUCAUAUCUCAAAAGUUUUGUUUUGCAUUGACUGGACUCAAUUGUCCAUGACUGGAGGUUCGCAUCUCCUGUGCACGUGGUGCAUGAGUUUAUCGUUAAAACAGCAAAUAUCCAAUUCGCUUUACAGCGGAGGCUGGAGAGUGGCUCAGUCUAAUUUGUUAUUGAUUUUAUGUCCGAUAAAAACAUUUGAAAAAAAGAGAGAAAUAGUGACUGACUGCCCAGAGUGCUUUGUGGGCCCAAUCUUCAGCCAUCCUCGCUGUCUCUUGCGGCUUCACUUUAUGACCAAAGACCUCCACACGCAUUCAAGGAAGGUGGACUCAAACUCUCCCCUAUAAACACUCAACUCAAAGGCGUCCUUCUUUUCAUAGUAACUUCAUAACUCUUUUUUGGAAAAUUGAACUUAAAAAAUAGAAUUGUAAGAUUCUUCUUUAUAUACAAGAAAUAUUGUGAGAUGAGAGUUUAAUUUAUUUUUAGAAUCUUGAAUGUAUAGAUAAAUGUUCUUAAUCAUUUUAGCUAUAAGUCCUUUUAUUAUAAAAUAAAUCUUUUAAAAGGAAAAAAAAUCUACUCAUAAAAAAGUUCAUGAAAUAAACUGGAUACAUUUUAUGGCAAACUUAUUUACCUUAAAAAAAUAGAGUGAAAACAACCUUAUUGAAAAUUUAAAAAUAAAAAUCCUUAUUGAAAAUUUAAAAAUAAAAAUCAAGUCAACACAAAAAUCAAGAAGAAAAUAGGAUUUGUAGAGUUCAUAUUAUAUACACUUGCUCACUAAAGCAGAAUUCCACUUGUAUGAAAGUAAAAUCAUUAGGGCACUAAAAUAAAGCAGAGAAGAGUGAACCAUGGCCGUGAUGUCCAGGCAGUUGAAAGGCGCGUGAGGAGUUAUCAGUUCGUGCUGAGCAUAUUAUUAUUACACCAUACCCCUGAAAUCUGUCCGGACUCGCAUCCCACACCCAUGCUCCCCUCUCAAUACCAACAAACUUUUAAAAAAAAAAAAUUUAUAAAAAUUAAAUCUA